AUGGAGGAGAACGAGAAAGAGAAGAAGGAAAAGGAGGAGAAAAAGAAGGAGUCGAAGCAGAAGGAGAAGGAUAAGGAUAAGGAGAAGGAGAAGCAGAAAGAGAAGGAGGAUAAUGAGAAAGAGAAGGAGAAUCAGAAAGAAAAAGCCAAAGCAAAAAUACAAGAAAAGAAAGUCGAGGUCGUCAUUUGUGAUGUGAAAGAUUGUGGACUUCUUAUUGCUGCAUACGCUGAGUUUACAAGUGAGGGACUAGAAGUACCAUCUUGUGGACUUAGUGCUGAAACCCUUCACAUGAGAUAUGCUUCACUCCUACGGAAGUAUGAAAUUUUAAAGGCUCGAAAUGGCUAUGUGAGUAACAAUGAAGACCCGCAGAGGCCUAGAACUAAAAAAGCAAAGAUUGAUGAAAAUGUUGUGGUUACCACCAUUGAUUAG